AUGCCACUCUAUGCUAAAUUUCUAAAGGAGCUCAUGACCAAGAAAAGGAACUGGGGAGAAAAGGAAACUGUAGUGCUCACAGAAGAAUGUAGUGCCAUCAUACAAAAAAAGCUUCCCCAAAAGAUGAAAGAUCUUGGAAGCUUUCAAAUCCCAUGCAUCAUAGGAGACAUUACCAUUGAGAAAGCAUUGUGUGAUUUGGGUGCUAGCAUCAACCUUAUGUCCUUGGCCAUGAUGAAGAGAAUGAGAAUUGAAGAGGCCAAGCCACCAAGGAUGGCACUUCAACUAGCAGACAGAACAUUCAAGUUCCCCUAUGGAGUAGUGGAGGACUUGUUAGUUAAGGUGGGUGACUUCAUCUUCCCAGUAAAUUUUAUAGUGCUUGACAUGGAAAAAGAGGCAAAUGCGUCAAUCAUACUAGGGAGGCCAUUUUUGGCAAUAGCUGGAGCUAUAAUUGAUGUACAAAAGGGAGAAUUGGUCCUCAGGCUUCAUGAAGAAAAGAUGGUGUUCAAUGUUUUUACUGCUAUGAGCUAUCCCAAAGAGUCCAUUGGAGAGUGUAUGAUGGUAGACAUAAUGGAGAUACUGGUCCAAGGAGUUCUAGAAGAAGACAAACUUGAAGAUGAAAUGAAGUAA